AUGGCUUCUCCAUCAGUCAUGGAACAGCCGGGCCAGCGUCAGACAUCGUCAGCCUCCAGGCGCCGCCCUGCAUCAGACAACACUGACCCGUCACCUCGCGGGCUCAGACAAGACCCGCCGGUGCGCCUGUCAACCAACCCCGAGCCAGUGCAGUCAUUCAAUCCAUUUGUGACUUCCACAAUGCUGCGGACGAACAGUGUUCCAUGGCGCAUUUCGCCGGCCCAACCAGCUAUUCUGGCGUCGGUCGCUAAUAUCUGGGCUGGUUUCCAAGAAUUGACGCUCCAGAGUCUCACCCCGAGUGAAGAGGUCGACAGCAUCCACGAAGACGUCGACAACAUCCACUGUGUGUUCUGCCUGAUCGACGAUGAAGACCAUGCGAACGAGCGCGUGAUCUUGCGCUGCCGUCAGUGCACAUCGCUCUCUCAUCUAUCCUGCGCGGAAGAAUGGUUGGAAAAGCGAGAUACAGGGUCUGGCACGUCAUGCUGUGUGUGUCGAAACGAAGGAGCCCUAGACGCCUUCAUUCGCCCGUUACGAAUCCCCUCGUCGGACGCCGAGACACGUACCGUCCCCACGGCAAGUGAAUCGUCUCCCACUGGUGGGCCCCGUCGCUCAGCCAGACUAGCAGGGGCUCAUCUACCGCGAGGCCCAUCCACCUCUGCACCGCUUCGCCGGUCGGCACGACUCAAUUCCACUCAGCGUGGGUGA